AUGGAACAGGCAGAAAUGCAUUUGUUUGGUAGAAAUGGAUGUGCCAAAGACACUAAAUUAGCCAUCAAACUAUUACAUAAAGCAAAAGAACACAAUAAAGGGGCUUAUGCUGUACUUGGAUUCUGCUUUGAAUUUGGAUUAGGUGUGACCAAGAAUUUCAGACUCGCUGAACAAUACUAUGUGUCUGCAUUACCACAUGAUAUUCAACAAAGUAUUACCGAUGAACGCGUCCUGUUGGCUGUGUCUCGAUUAGCCUUUCUUCGAAAAUACGGUCGUCCUGGUGUUUAUAUCGAUCGUACAGAAGCGCAUCAGUGGGAGUCAUUGGUUGGACUCGGAGAAGAAAGAUCAGUUGCUUGGAUUCAACGUGCAGCCAUAGACGAUCAUUGCUCCGCCAGUCAGUAUUGCCUCGGCGUCUGUUAUCAUGAUGGCCUCGUAUUACCUAAAAAUGAGAAGCUUGCCUUCUUUUGGUACCAGAAAAGUGCUGAACAAGGCAAUUGUCGUGGCCAAGGUAUCUUGGGCUAUUGUUACGGAGAAGGAUUUGGUGUCGAAAAAUCAGAAAAGAUAGCCAUGGAGUGGUAUCACCGUGCUGCUGCACAAGGAGAGACGGUGGCCAUUUACAAUAUUGGGUACUGUUAUGAAGAUGGUAUCGGCGUUGCAAAAGAUGUGCAUGAAGCAGUUCGAUGGUAUAAGAUAGCAGCAGAACAAGAAAACGCAUUUGCGCAGAACUCACUAGGUUAUUGUUACGAGGAUGGUAUUGGUGUAGAGAAAAAUGAGACCAUGGCUGCUCUUUGGUAUUGUCGAUCUGCUAAACAAGGUUAUCCUUGGGCUCAAUGUAACCUAGGCUAUUGUUAUCAAAAUGGGAUUGGUGUGACAAAAAACACAGCAAGGAGCGUAGGAUGGUAUCGUAAAGCAGCUACUCAGGGUCAUGCAAGGGCUCAACACAAUCUUGGAUUCUGUCAUCAAAACGGCAUUGGUGUUGAAAAGAACGAAAAGGAAGCUAUUUAUUGGUUCCAACAGAGUGCAGAACUAGGUAACAUCUUUGCGUUUCAUUCGUUAGGCUAUUGCUAUCAAAAUGGUACAGGAGUACCUGUCAAUGAGCGUGAGGCAUUUCGUUGGUAUAUGCUCAGCGCUGAACACAAUCAUGCGCCUGCUCAGUUAUCAUUAGGUUAUUGCUACCGUAACGGUAUUGGUGUUGAAAAAAAUGAACUUGAAGCUGUCAAGUACUUUAGACAAAGUGCAGAGCAAGGGAAUGCAGUAGCCCAAAACUCGUUAGGAUUCUGUUAUGAAGAAGGAAAAGGCGUUUCAAAGAAUCCAAGAAAGGCAGCCUAUUGGUAUUUACAAGCAGCACGUCAAAACAAUGCUUGGUCUCAAUGUAAUCUUGGAUUUUGUUAUGCAAAUGGCAUUGGUGUCAAACAAAAUGAAUCAAAAGCAGUAUACUGGUAUAAAAAGGCAGCAGAACAAAACCAUGCAAGAGCACAAGAUAAACUAGCCUUGCAUUUACAAAAUGGAUUAGGAAUCACUCAGAACCUCGAAUUAGCAUUUAGUUUGCUUGAACGAGCUGCAAAUCAACACCAUAUUGCAGCACAAUUUCAUUUAGCCAACUGCUAUGAAAAAGGACUAGGAUGCCCUAUAGACCUUCAAAAGGCAACUAUGUGGUUUGAGCGAGCUGCAUUAGCUGGAUGUCGAAGUUCACAUGAAAGAUUAAGAAGACUCCUUGUUCGAGUAUGUAUUCUAUCACCUAAUUCUUUUACUUUUGCUACUGUGAUGAAUGAACAAGAACUCGUCUCGAACGGUUUUAUCUUGGGACGUAGUGCUCCAGCUGCAUAA